AUGUUCGGCGGAUCGAGAGCGUGCAAUGGCCAGACACCCUGUGCAAGAUGCGUGUUGCAAAGCGUCGAGUGCCAGUAUGAGCUCCCAGUCCGCCAGUCAAAGGAGCAGAUGCGGUCCGAACUCGAGGCCUCACGAGCACAACAGCGGCAGACCGAAAGAGUUCUGGCUGCUUUGAUUUCGAUCGAAGCAUCUGAACUUGUGCUGGAACAACUGCGGAAUGGAGAGACGGUCGAGCAAAUUGUCGACAGGUUGGACUCAGGAUCACAGUCGUCAGCGGCAGAAGGCAAGAUCACCAGCUUCGCUCGGCCCAGCGACCAUCAAGCUAUCGGGGGUGCGCUGAAGAGGGCCAGGAGUGUCAUCAGCUCGCCGCUGUCACUGAUAGCGUCCAGCGAGAGCUCCACAUACGGCCAAAGCAGACUGGAAGGGACAGCUUGGCCACCAUGGGGUUCUGGUCCGUUCAUCAAGGCGGAUGCAUCAGCUCCGAAUCAGGUGGAUGACACAAUGAUAUGGGAAGCUGAGGCAUUUCCCUUCCUUGACGAUGGUAUGCCCAAUUCUCUCAUCGGAACUUGGCAUCACGGCUCCGACUCGGAUCCCAACUCGCUGAGCAUCCUUCAUCACGCCCGGUGUCGGGGGCAAGAGACAAUACUAGGACCGAGCUUCGGCAAGGAAGAACAUCCAGAUAUACCUCAUCUGAACUACAAUGAAAGCUGGACGAAAAUCACCGGCGAUGGAGCAUUCGUGGAGCACUUGAUGGCUCUAUAUUUUUGCUGGGAAUAUCCGACUUUUGCGUCGCUUAGCAAGGAACAUUUUCUAGAAGAUAUGCGAGCAGGGAAUCUAAGAUAUUGCUCGUCCCUGCUAGUCAACGCACUGUUGGCUGUUGGAAGUAGAUUCUCAACUCAACCUCAAGCCCGGACAGAUCCAAAUGAUAGCAAUACAGCCGGUGACGCUUUCUUUGCCGAGGCGGAACGCCUACUGGAACUGGAGUCAGACCUGCAUACCUUGACUACUAUUCAAGCUCUAGGGCUGAUGUCUAUCCGAGAAGCAAGCUGCGGGCGCUCCAGCCAUAGCAUUUUCCUCUCGGGCCAGUCAAUACGCCUUGCCAUUGAGAUGAAGUUGCAUUUUGAUGUUCAAGAUGGCGCUAGCGACAGUGCUAAGUUAGACCAUGCAGUACGUUCUGCAACUUUCUGGGGGGCGUUCUCGUUAGAUCAAGUAUGGUCUAUGAGCAUCGGUCGACUGCCUCAUUUCUCUCAGAACGCCAAGUUGGUACUCAAGCCUCCCAUCGUGGAUCACGUUGAAGCCACGAUCUGGGUUGCUUAUACCGACGAUGGUACGCCUUUGGAGACCGCAUGCACACAACCUUCCAAUGUCCGAAGUGUGUAUAAAACAUUCUGCGAACUAUCUGAAGUCGUCCACCGGUCAUUGUACAUGCUGUAUACACCCGGCCAGCCCGUAACAGCCAAAAGGCUCAACCAGAUCUACACAGAGUACAUACAAUGGUACUCCAACCUUCCGUGCACGCUACGCCUUGGCUACAAUUUCACCCCAUCAGUGCUGUUCUCUCAUAUGUACUACCACUCAGCCAUCCUCUUUCUCUUCCGCCCCUUCAUCAAGCUCUCUAUAAUAGGCUCUGGCGUCUCCCCCCGCGACCUCUGCAACCAAGCCGCCUCCACCCUCUCCAUCCUCCUCAAAUCCUACGCCGACCUCUACACGCUCCGCCGCACGCCUUCUUUCGUCCCAUACUUCAUCCUCGCUUCUGGUAUCACGCACAUCGCCUCCCUCAGUCUCAGAGCCUCUCCCGACUCCUCGACUCUCCGCCAAGCCAUCGUCGACCUCCGUGAAAUGUCACACUGCCAUGGUUUUGCCAUCCGUGCUGUCCAGAUCUUGAGGUUUUUGAUCAAGCAUUGGGGUGUCGAUUAUGAGAUGGGGGAUGACGAGGAUAGGGGUGAUCCAAAUAGGAGCUGUUUGUGUAGUACGGUGAGCAAUAACUUCUUCUGUCCGAACAUGAAGUGUUCCGAUUCUAUGAGUACGAUUGGGCCCGUGGCUGAGGGGGCGAACCCGCUGUUUUGGCCGUUCCCGUUACAGGGAAGACCGUUGCUGGAGUCUGGAGCGGAGUUAUCGGCGGCGGGAUUUGAAAUUUUGAAGGGAUGA